GGCAAGGCGUGCGGGACAAGAGUGGGUAGUUUACAGCUUUGAAAUUCCAACCUGCCGGGGAGGCGUGUGCGGCUGAGGUUUAAACUGCCAAAGAAAGCAGUUUUGCUUCAGCAAAUCUUCGCAGAUGUCUCCCUUUUGACUUGAGCCGGGUCAGUGGUCAAGUAGACUGGCCGUGGCGAGACUGGCCUACGGCUGAGGUGAUUUGAGGUAGCGCGAGAGGGGUGCGCCAUGUUCGCUCCCGGCUUGGGCUGGGGAUUUGGCUGCCUCUGGCUUAGCCAGUUCCGAGUUGGGGCCCGCAGAGCUGCGGGGCGCUGGGCUUGUCGGGCUGGCCCGGCCCGGCGGUACAGCUCUGGUGGGGGCGAGCGCCAGCCCGGGUCGGAGCCCGCGGUCUCCCCGCCAGGCCUCGCAUACCACACUCUGAAGGAGUGGGCGCUGCUGGUGAGCCCGUUUGGUCGGCUGCGGGCGCGGCUUCCGUGCCAUUUGGCCGUGAGGCCCCUGGACCCCCUUACCUACCCGGACGGCGACCGCGUGCUGGUUGCGGUGAGAGCAGCGGAGGGCGGGGCGCAGGACCUGGCCUGCCUGCUGGUGAAGUACGACGAGGCGCUGAAGGAGGUAGCCAUCGUGUCUGACACCAUCGACCCUCAGGCGUCCGUGGAGGUGAACGCGCCCCUGAAGUUUGAUUUGGAUAUCAAGUCAUCAGGGCCUGGCUGUGUAAAAGUCCAAAAUAUUGAGUGUGAUAAUUGCAAAAUUGAAACUGAGCAGGGGACUGGCAUCUUACAGUCUGUUAAGAGUCAAAAAUUACAUGUUCAGACAAAAGGAGGCAAAGUAAUCUGCCUGGGAACAGUUUAUGGAAAUACAGAUAUUCAUGCGUCGGAUAAAAGUACUGUGACCAUAGAUAAACUGCAAGGAAGUACUGUUAAUAUAUCUACUGAACAUGGUUUGCUGGAAGCCAAGUAUCUUUAUACAGAAUCAUCAUUUCUGUCUUCUGUUGCUGGAGAUAUUACAUUAGGAAGUAUUCAUGGUAAUGUAACAUUACAAAGCAAGAUGGGUAAUAUCACAAUAGAUUCAUCCUCUGGAUGUCUACAGGCCUCAACUCAUCAGGGUGCAAUAGAUGUUUAUGUCAGCCAACUAGGGAAAGUGGAGUUGAAAUCCCAUGAAGGCUCUAUUCUUGUCAAGGUCGCAUCUUCUCUUCAAGCUCAUUUACAGUUAUCGGGAAGAGAGGUUGAUGUGAACUCAGAAGUCCAUGUUCAAGAAAUGACUGAAGUUCAUAAAGACGAUGCUGUAAUAAUUACUGGGCUCAUGAAUCAAGCAAGCAAACAUGAAAAAUGGAUUAAGGCUGAUGCCCCAGAAGGCACUGUAAAUCUUAGAAGUCAAAGCUGGUUUCAGUCCCUAAAACUGCAGGACUGAGAAUGAUUUGAAUUGUAUUUAUAAUUUUGAGCAAUGACUAACAGAUCUGUGACUACAAAAAUGCAAACAACACAGUUCAUAUAAAUGCUGAAAACAACAAACCAGAAUGAAUACUGGUGAAUUGUCUUGUGGGAGCCUUUUCAAAAUUUGUAUUUAGCUAUUAUAUUUGUUUCCUAUUGCUCUGUAAUGAAAUUACCACAAACUUACCAUCUUAAAGUCACACUUUUAGCUCACAGUUGUGUGGGUCAAGAGACCUGCAUGGCUAGGUUCUCUGCUCAGGGUGGACAGGGCUGGACUCGGCAUUACCCAGGCUUGUUCUCAUCUAGAUGAUCUGGGCGGGGAAGUCUACUUUCAAGUCUGUUUAUAUUGGCAAGAUCCAGUUCCCUCUGACUACUACUGAGGUCUCUGUUUUCUAGCUGUCCAUCAGUGAUCCCUCUAAGCUUGUACAGGCCAUUUGCAUUCCAUCUCAUGUGGCCCUCUCCAUCUUUAAGCCAGCAGUGAUGCAUUCGGAUGUUUCUGGUACUUUGUAUGUCUGACCUCUUCUGCAGCCAGCUGGAGAAACUGCUUUUAAAGGUCUUAACUUGAUUUGAUCAAGCCUGCCCAGAAUAAUCUUUGUUUUGCUGUAUAAUGUAACAUAAUCAUGGGAGUGCUGUCUCCUCAUAUUUAUGAUUUCUGUUUACACUCAGGAGAAAGAGAUUAUACAAAGGCAUAGGUAAUAGGGAGAAGUUGUCUUAGAAUGUCUUGCACCACAGCUCUCGUAACAUGUUUGCUGCUUAGAGCCUCUUAUGACAGUGUAAAUUUAAGCUGUGAAUAAAAACAUCUAAAAUGGGGGCACCUGGGUGGCUCAGUGGGUCAAAGCCUCUGCCUUCGGCUCAGGUCAUGAUCCCA